CAGUGCGUAGGAAGGGUUUCUAUGAAACACACAUCCCAAAACAGAGUGGGGUUGUUUGUUCUUGCGUGAAGAGAAUGAAUAAAUAAAUCUUUGGUUUCAACAACUGUUUCGUAAGUUUAUGACCAAAUCGGAAAAAAUUUUUAUUAGUUAUCCACCAUUUUAACCGCAGACAUCCCUACAUGAAACCUUUUUUAAAACAACAAUUGAGAUCUGGGCUCUUGGAGUAUUAAAUCAGUGAAAGUUUUGUGUGCCAAAGUUCAAGAUUCAAUAUGCCUUUGCCUUCACCAAGAUGUGUGGAAGAUCAGCAAGAUUCUUCUUCAGAAUAUGAUUCCCUACCAGAUAUUUCUGUUGUGGAUGUGUUUGAUCUUGCCUCUGAUGUUGGUAAUGAGUUAGAAAAAAUUAUUAGCAUUCAUGGAAAUGAACUAGUUGAAGGGCUGAUGCAGAAAGUCAUACGAGUAUUGGAACUGCUUGAUAAAACCUCUCGAAGGCAGGAAUCAGAAAGGCAACUUGUAGAAGAAUUACAAAAUAACAUCAGUCUUCUUGAACGUGAGAAAAGGGAGAAAGCUGUUGAUAGGUUACGAUAUGAAAAGGAAAUUGAGCAGCUAGAAGAAAACUGGAAAAAAGAAACACAAGAACUAUUAGGGAAAAUUUCAAGAGUUCAAGAAGAAAACAAGAGAUUGUCUUCUUCAUUAAAAGAAAGUACAGAGAAAAAUGUUUCUAAAAAUCCCAUACCAAAAGAGCCUGAUUGGGAUUUAUUCGAAAAGCUCAGGGAAGCUAAUGAGAAACAGAGAGAUCUGUUGCGUUGCAGGGACAAAGAGUAUCAAGAUAAACUCUGUGAAUCAGAAUCUCUACACAAUCAAGUGGAUCGAUUGACAGAAAUCAACAAGGAAUUGCGGAGGAAACAAACUCAUAUGUCUCAGCAAAUGAGAACUUUGGUUGAAGAGAGAGCAGAUUUGCAGGCUCUACAUCAAGAACAGUCGAGGAAUUUGGCUGCGCUGAAUAAGCGACUAGGUGUCGCACAACGAGACAAUGAAGAUUUGAUUCAGUGCCAGAACGACGCACCAGAUCUCACUAAUAAAAUUGUCAUCGAUAUUAAUGAUCCAAAUCGCCCUCGGUUCACCAUAGCCGAACUAAAAGAGAUUCUCUGCGAACGAAAUGAACUCAAAGCUCGUGUUAGUGAUCUGGUCGAUGAAUUAGCGCUUUAUCGACCAAGUAAAAACCAUUCCAAUAUUGAAAGGAUGUCGCCUUUGAAUAGCGAGUCGACUGCUUCCUCCGGUGACCCUCUUGCGUCGGAAGCAGAUGAGUCUACCUGCGACCUUCCCGUUCAAGGGCCUUUACCCUACGAACCGGACGACGCUCCGUGGAAACGUCCCAGCUCGAGAAAAAAGGAUUCGAGCAUCCGAAAAUUGUUUUCUACUUUGUCUUCUUUCCCUCGUUUAUUAGCUCCACGCACUGUAGAUGGUGCUAAAUGACCUGACGUUUUCCAACUUGUGAUAUUGAACUUGUAUAUAGUUCGGUCUAACCGGACAGCCUUAACGGCAGUAUUGAUUUGUAAUCUCUAUUGCUUUCUUUUUUCAGGUUUAAAAAACUUGUUAUGUUGCCAAGUGCGGGACUUUUGAAUCCACAGUGACCAAAAGAGUACCGAAAGUUGGUAAAUCGGUUUUUCCCAAAAAUCCCACGCCGAACAAAGUUUCUCGUAGCAAUUUUAGUAUAAAAAUCGACUGUCAUUUUAUCGCCAUGAUUUAAAAUUUGCAUCAUUUCAAUUAAAUGUGGCCAUAGAUGCGAUCUUUACCUUCACAGACAAUGUGUCAGUGACGUUCUAGGUUUUAGUGAACUGUUGGAUCAUCAACGGAUAACCAAAUUGUGUAUCAUUGUUCUAUUCAUGAGAUACUCCCCAUUUACUACAUCCCAAAGACUAAGACAUUUAUUAGACGUUUGAUUUGCAAUUAACGACGUGGAAUACACAGAUGGCGUAUAUGAA